CCCAAAUCGACAGCGAGACGCCAUGGCGAUUCAGUUCUAGCUAGGUCUACCUCCCGAUUCCCCUUCCUUCUCGGCCGGCCGGCUUGGACUGCCGCACCAGCUGCUCGCCGCCGCUGCCGGCCCCUUCUCGCGCCGCAUCCGGGAGAACCCUAGCGCCCACGUCCUCCCCGAUGGACGAGCACCAGGCCGGGGAUCUCGUCAAGGAGCUCGUCCUCCGCCUCGUCCCCGCCGACUCCGGGCGCGACGCGGGCGGCGCGCUGCGGUUCGCGCACCGGCUGCUCUCCAGCCGCCUCGCCCCGGCCGUCCUCCCCGACGAGCACGCGCUGGCGGAGUCCAUCAAGCGCCGCCUCGCCGCCUCCGGCCGCCCCGACGACGCCCUCGCCUUCGCCGACCUCCACUCCAAGCUCUCCGCCCGGUCCCGCCCCGCCUCCCUCUGGCCGCUCCUCUACCUGCUCGACUCGCUCUCCUCCCACCGCCGCGGGGCCGCCUCCUGCCUCCCCGACCUCCCCACCGCCGCGCCGCCGAGGCAUGCCACCUCGCGGGCGCCAGGCACGCCGGCCGGCGGCGUGGCGCUCGUCUCCAACGACCCGGACAACAUCCGCGAGAUCGCGCUGCGGGAGUACACCGAGCUGGUGCUCGACGAGACGGAGGUGUCGGAGGCCACGCUGGUGCGCGACGUGCUCUACGCCUGCCAGGGCAUCGACGGCCGCUACGUUCGGUACGACAAGGCCAGCGACACCUACGACCUGCCCGGCGGAGUCCGCGUGCCCGGCUCCACUCGCACCCUGGUACGCACGCUGUGCGAGGUCGGCUGGCUGUUCCGCAAGGUGCGAGGCUUCAUCUCCGACAAUGUGAGCCGCUUGCCCUCCCAUGCCGCCACCGAGGUCGGCACUGUUGCUCAGGCCUUCUGCUCAGCUCUACAGGAGGAACUGUCUGAUUACUAUAAGCUACUUGCAGUUCUAGAGUCGUACUCGUUGAAUCCGAUCCCAACACCUGGGUCUGAUUCGGGCGUGUCAGGCAAUUACCUCUCGCUGCGGCGUCUUGUUGUGUGGCUUGCUGAGCCUGCGGUGAAAAUGCGAUUGAUGGCCGUCUUGGUGGAUGGAUGCCGUGGUUUGAGAGGUGGUGGAAUGGCUGGUGCGAUCCAUGGGCACGCGCAGCAUGGGGAUCCCAUGGUUCAAGACUUUAUGGCCCGCUUGCUGCGGCGAGUCUGCUCACCCCUGUUUGAAAUGGUCCGAAGCUGGGUGCUUGAAGGUGAAUUGGAGGACGUAUUUGGCGAGUUCUUCAUUGUUGGGCAGCCAGUUAAGGCUGAAUCUUUGUGGCGGGAGGGCUACCUUAUUCAGUCUGAUAUGCUACCGAGUUUCAUUUCUCCGGUGCUGGCACAAAGGAUCCUCAGAACAGGGAAGUCGAUCAACUUUCUCAGAGUUUGCUGUGAUGAUAAUGGUUGGGCUGAGGCUGCCACUGAGGCUGCAGCCUAUGUUGGCACCACGACAAGUCGAGGUGGGCUUGGUUAUGGGCAGAUUGAUGCUUUGGAGGCAUUGGUGGUUGAAGCAGCCAAGAGGAUUGAUCAACGUUUGAUGGAUGUGAUCCAUAAGCGAUACCGAUUUAAAGACCAUUGUCUUGCUAUCAAGAGAUAUUUGCUUCUCGGGCAGGGUGAUUUUGUUCAGUAUCUGAUGGAUGUUGUUGGUCCAGAGUUGUCAGAACCAGCCAAUAGAAUUAGCUCCUUCCACCUUGCUGGCUUGCUUGAAACUGCAAUACGUGCAUCUGAUGCGCAAUAUGAUGACCGUGACAUCUUGGACCGGAUAAGAGUAAAGAUGAUGGAUCACGGAGAUGGUGAUCGUGGCUGGGAUGUCUUCUCCUUGGAGUAUGACGCUAGGGUCCCUCUGGACACGGUGUUCACAGCUUCAGUCAUGAAGAUGUACCUCAAGAUAUUCAACUUCCUAUGGAAGCUUAAGCGCGUUGACCAUUCUCUGACUGGAGUCUGGAAGACAAUGAAGCCUAAUUGCAUUGUUUCUUCCCCAUUUUACAAGGAAGGGACAAGCAUCAGGGCUCAGUUUGUUUCAGUUCUUCGGAAAUGCCAAGUUCUGUUCAAUGAAAUGAACCAUUUUGUGACCAACUUCCAGUACUACAUUAUGUUUGAGGUCCUGGAGGUUUCCUGGGCUCGUUUUUCAGAAGAAAUGGAUGCAGCAAAAGAUUUGGAUGAUCUUCUCAUGGGACAUGAUAAGUAUCUCACUUCAAUUGUGGAGAAGUCCCUCCUGGGCGAGCGGUCCCUGGGAAUUUUGAGAAAUCUUUUUGCUUUGUUUGACAUCAUAUUACAGUUCCGCAGCCAUGCUGAUAGGUGGUUUGAACGGAUAUAUGAGUUGCAACUAAGGGGAAAGAGUAAACCGAAAACAAAAUCCAAGGAAACAGGUUCAUGGCUGGAGGGGGGCAGAAAAGCCAUGAUUCAACUCGCAGGGGAACUGUUUCGGAAAAUGGGUGAAGAUUUGGAUAGCAUUGCGAAAGAUUAUACAGCUUCUCUCGACUCAUUUAUCUCCCAGUUGCCCCUGCAGCAACAUGUUGAUUUGAAGUUCCUUCUCUUUCGUUUGGACUUCACUGAAUACUACAGCCGUGUUUCAUCCAACAAAUGAAAUGAGUGUGUGCUUCUAAUGUGGAAGAAAUAGGUGUUAGAUACACUUUUUGGUUGGGGUGGGUGCUUAUCAUUGAUCAAUAUCUGAUAUUUCUCGCCCACAUUAGUUAGUACCUUUUUUAGUUUUAGUUCAUUUUUUUGUAGUAUAUUUGAAGUGCUGGUAUUUGCUUCUCAAGAUGGCUUUGGUAACACUGAAAUAUCUUUGACUUGUGUGACUGGGUUGAUUAUUUAUGUAUUGUGAAUUGAGUGCCAGCAUUUUCUCAAAUACUACACUUGGUACUUCCACCUCAUAAUUUCACAAAAAAGCAAUGCAUCUGUUUGGUAUCCAGAUCAUGCUUCACACAGAGCUCAUUCUAUCAUAUGUAUUGCGUCAUACAUUUUUUUUCCUUUCUGCCUUUCAAAGGAAUAUAAUGUUCACUCACUGCAGUUCUACAGUUGUGUAUUGGUAACUCUGCCGUCAUAUUUCUUUAUGAAUCCACGACUGAUUUCAGACUACUGUGCAUUGAUAAUUCUAGAAGGUGUUUUGCUUAUGAACAUGACCGCGACAACAGAUCUCAGACUUACUUUCUUGGAAUUUGAUAAAUAUUUGCUAGGCUCAUGAAAAACUGAUGAAGCAACACUCUAAAAUCCAGGAUGUACAUGAACAGCUUGUUUCUGCUAAACAGUUGAAAAGAAAGUUAAUGCUCUCAAAGCUAAGCUUAAUGAUGAAAGUGUAUUAGUUAUGUCAUUUGACGCACAGAUUGUUGAUUGGCAAGGAAAAGUACAUGAAAUGGAGGGAGCGUCUCAAGGGGAAAGUGAAAGAAAGGAAUCAAAUAAUAGCAGAUGAAAAUCAGAAGCUGUGCGCUUUGAGCUCCGAGAUUGAGGGCCUCAAAUUUGUGUUCUGAAGUUGCUCCAGUAAGGACUGCUGCCACAGCAGAACAGCAGAAAAUUCACGCAAAAUUCAACAACAUUGUGAAGGCGUUCAACACCUACAUGGGUAGCGUCGACCCUUUCCUCAAGCGACUCGAGGAAGUGGGCAGGUUAGAUCACCAUCUAAAUGUAAUUCAACAACAUUUCUGACACUGGGUUAGCUGUGCUUCUUACCAGUACACGGAUGGAAAACCCUGUACAUAUCUCUGUUUAUGUGUGCAUGAUGCUGUAGUAGUGCCUCUAGCUGCUAUUUGUGUGCUGAACUAUGUAUAUGCCGGUUGGUUCAGAUCGGAGCUAUUUAUUGAUC